AUGUGUAAUCUGCAACUCAUCCAAACCUUCGUACCCAGUCAUACGAAAGUCAAUCCAGACCAGCAGGUCGAUUAUAUAUUGCUGAAUCCCUCUGAUGUCCGGCCUACCAAGAGCUUCAUCUGGGUCCAUGGCCAGAAAAGGGACUUGACGGUGCUCAGGGAUCUUAUCACAGCCCCUGCCAACAACCCAACAGCACGGGUAGAUGGUAGCAAUUUUCGUCAUUGUUGGAACGAAGUGUGCGAUGCCGUGCGUGAGCUUGAUGCCAUUGUGGAAACAGAAUCUCUGAUGGUCGGCGGGAGAGAGAAUGUUGUCAUCAUGGCAGUUAGGGAAGGCUGUGCCGUCAGUCUGAUGUACCUGAUGGAGACAGAUGAACCUCUGGGUGCUUUCUGCGGCUACAAAUUGUGUCUUCCUUUUCUGAGCGACAUCUUGUUCAUUGGACAAUUUGGCGAGCAUCCACAACAUUCUAUAGAGUCCUUCCUGAUGCAGGACUCAAUCCAAGGCCCGGAAGCUCAAGAAUCAGACACGCCGAUGACCGCAGAAGAUUUAGAUACCCCCAUGAUUGUUGGAGAACUGGAUACACCCAUGACCGUUGAAGAGCUGGAUACGCCUACAACCGCUGAAGAACCGAACAUAUUCACGACCGUUGAAGAGUCUGAUAUACCCGUGACCGUCGAAGGGCUGGAUACACCCACAGCGAACACGUCCGUGACCGUUGAAGAGUCUGAUACACCUAUAACCGUCGAAGGGCUGAAUAUGCCUAUAGCCACUAAAGAUCCAAACACAUCCGUGACCGUUGAAGAGUCCAAUACACCCAUGACCGUCGAGGGGCCGGACACACCCACAGCUAAACCGUAUACAUCCACGACCGCCCCAAGUGCAUCUAACAACCUAUUUGACAGCGUUUCGGACGAAGUACCCGAUCAGUCACCACAAGCCAAGCUUGACCGGAUUGCGUCCUUCCUUCGCCGUUUGCACUGGAAACCAGAAUGCAUUCCAAAUGACACGAAUGAACAAGACGUACACGAGUGUCUGAAAGAUCUAGGUUUCGUAGUUCGUAUCAACGGCAGGGUUGUUUCCGACCAGGAGUACUGGGUCGCGUUGAGAAACUCAGCCAGCUUUCUUUACAGAGGUGGCCCCCAACAGACUCGGGCCAUGGGGUGA